AUGGUUCUGUCGAGAAAACGUCCUCAACUUAAUCUGCAUAUUCAAUUGCCGGAACCAGUCGAAAUUCCUCAAUGCAGCAUCGCUAUUAAUCCAUUGAUUCUGCCUACGCAAGAAGUUGAAUGUGUGUCUGAUCUUGAGAAACUACAGAUUCUUGGCUCUGGCAAUGGUGGGACAGUCUAUCGAGUUCGUCACAAGCAGUCUUCGAAGGUUUACGCCUUGAAGGUUAUCCGUGGUGGUGCCACUGAUCAAGUACGUGAAGAAAUUGAAAUCCUCCGCCGUAUGGAUUCUCCUAAUACUGUGCGAUGUCAUGCAAUCUUCGAGGAGGCCUUUGGUGAUGUAUCGAUCGUCAUGGAGUACGUUGAAGCCGGAUCCCUGGAUGUUCUUGCCAAGAAAGUUGGUUCGUUUUCUGAAACCCUUGUUGCGAAUAUAGCUUAUCAAUCACUGAAGGGACUUGACUACCUCCAUAGUAAAAGGAUCGUUCAUCGUGACAUAAAGCCAUCAAAUCUUCUUGUCACACGUGACAUGAAAGUCAAGAUUGCUGAUUUUGGACCAAAAAAGUGA